AUUUAAUCUGUUCUUUACUCACAGAAACAAAUCAUCACUUGUCAUUUUGAUUUUCGUCUACUUGUUCAGGAUUUUUCCUGUUUUUGCUAUGAUAUAACAAGAAUUAGUGAAAAAUCAACUGAUAUCGUUAAAUAUGGCAGAUAUAUUACAAAUCCACGAUGACAUCAAACUAUAUACAACAUCUGACAAAUUCUUCUUGGAGCCGCAUGUGAAUCCAACAGAGAUAUUGGUCAUAGAUAGAAUCACCGGAGAGGCGUCAGUGAAAGAUGUCAAAUCAGUGAAGAUACCAAUCCCUUUAGAUGCAUACAAGCCUGUUUGUGGAUUCCUCGGUACAAUAAGAUUAAUAUCAGGAUUGUACCUUGUUGUAGCGAAAUACAGGAUUUUGAUUGGAAAACUAAAUGGCCAUGAUAUCUAUCAAUUGGCUGGUGCAGAGAUAUUGCCAUAUGCAAGAUCAACAACACAUCUCACAAAUAAACAGAUUGAUGAUAACAAUACAUAUGAAAGACUUGUGCGGGCAGCUUUAGAAACCCCCGGCAUCUAUUUCUCCUAUGGAUAUGAUCUGACUCAUACAAUGCAACGAUUACAUUCUGUUCCAACUGAAUUCCAUAAAAUGUCACUAGCAACUCGUGCUGAUGCUCGUUUUCUGUGGAACGGCCAUUUACUCAAGGACUUUGCCCAUCAACAGUUCGAGAGAUUCGCUUUACCAGUUAUACAAGGCUUUGUAGCGAUCAACAAUGUGACUGUGAAUGGUCAACAGCUGAUGUGGUCGCUGGUCUCCCGCCGCUGUGUGGAUAGAGCUGGCACCAGGUUCUUCAUGAGAGGAGCUGAUGCCCAGGGUAAUGUGGCAAACUUCGUAGAAACUGAACAGAUAAUAGAACGUGGCGGUGAGAAGUCCUCUUUCGUCCAAACCCGCGGGUCUAUUCCGUUGUUCUGGUCGCAAUAUCCUGAUUUAAAGUACAAGCCAGCGAUGGUACUGUCUGCGGAAGACCACGUGGCUGCGUAUACCAGACAUAUGAGAGAUCAAAUACAGCGGUACGGGAAUCAGGUGCUGGUUAAUUUGAUAGACCAGCACGGUAAGGAGGAGUCUCUAGAGCGCGGGUACCGUGCGGCGGUGGCGUCUGCCGCGCUGCCCGGCGUCAGAUACGAGCCUUUUGAUUUCCACGCUGAAUGUCGCGGCAUGCGGUAUGACAGGCUCACCGUGCUUAUGGAUAGGAUCGCACAUGAACAGACGGAGUUCGGUUAUUUCCUGUCCCGCGGCGGUACAGUACUGUUGCGUCAGACUGGCGUGUUCCGUACCAACUGCGUGGACUGCCUCGACCGCACUAAUGUGGUGCAGUCGCUACUGGCUCGCAGACAGAUGGAGGCGGCGCUCAGACUGCUCGCUGUCACAACUGAUAACCACCAUCCACAUUUGGAUAGAUUGUUUAAUACGAUAUGGGCAGACCAUGCGGAUAUGAUCUCAUGCCAGUAUUCCGGUACUGGUGCGCUGAAGACUGACUUCACUCGUACUGGCAAGCGCACACGCAUGGGCGCGCUGCGAGAUGGAGUUAACUCUCUCACAAGAUAUUAUAAGAAUAAUUUCAGUGAUGGAUUUAGACAGGAUUCAAUUGACUUAAUCCUCGGCAAGUACACAGUGAGUGAAGGCGAGGGCAACACCGCGUUAUGUCCUCUACGACGGGACAGAGACUGGAAAUAUGUCACUUUCCCGUCAGUGUUGCUGGUGGCGGUGUCGAUGUUCUGCGCGAGCGCGGCGCUGCCGCAGAGAUAUACUAACGAAGUGUUGCUAUACCUCAUGUUCUGGGGCGCGGCUAUCGGAGCUACCGUCUCUUUCAUAUUCAGACACGGCAAGGAGUUCGUGGAGUGGCCCCGGCUUGACGGCGGGGGGCUGGCCAUUGCGGGCCCCCGCGGCCCCCCGCCCUCCUUAUGAUAAAUGAUCGGCUCGUCCUCAUCGUCUAGAAUCUAGACUAUAGACCAAACUACUCCACAUAGACUAAAA